AUUUUGACAGUUAUUCUGAAUUGCUCACAAACAAAUCCUGUGGUUGCUGUUGUCUGUUGUUUCAGUAUUAAUGUGACAAAUAAAGUGUAAUUAGUGAAUAUUAAGUUCUAAGAAUUUAAUUCAUUACAUUUAACCAUGGAGAAACUAGAGCAAACUACAAGUCCACAUAGGAAACUGCUAACAGCAGCUGUGUCCAGUGUAUUGUUGAGCCAUGGUUUUGAUUCUUCGGAUUGGGAUGUUCUUGAAACACUUACAGAGAUGUUACAAUGUUUUUUCUGUGAAAUUGGUCAAUCAAGCAAAAAUUAUUGUGAACUCUCUGGACGAACAGAACCGCUUAUUGCCGAUGUUAUAUUAGGUUUUGUCGAGAUGGGAAUAAAUUUCACGCAGUUGAGUGAAUUCAUCAAACAACACAAGUUGCAAGUUCUGCCUACACUACAACCACAGCAACAGCCAAAGCAAUUGAACAUGUUACAGGCUGGUACAAAGCAACCUCUACCCAGUCACAUUCCACAGCAUUUACCAUCAUUUCCAGAUCCACACUCAUAUAUUAGGACUCCAACUCAUAAGCAACCUGUAAUUGAUUAUGAAGCGAUUAGAGAAAAAUGCGCGAUUCAGAAGAGAGAUGUGGAAAAAGCGUUAACGAAAUUUUUAGCGAAGACCAGUCAAACGCACAACCUUUUCGAAAAUGACGAGUUUAUAUUCCCUUUGAUUACGUGUAAAACAGAGUUUCCUCCAUAUUUAAAUGCUUUGAUGCCUCAAGAUCAGAUUUUCGAUGCGGAGGAUUUGGAGUACAAAACGGAAGAAAUAAAUCCGCCUCCGAAGAAAAGGGUGAAAACGGAGAAAUCCGAAACGAAAACGGAGGGUGAUGGAGAGGAGGAAGUUGUCGAAGAACCACCCGAAGAAAUCGAGGAUCCAAAUAAAGUGGAUGAGAACUCUUCACCGGUCGUCGACAUCGAUAAUCCCUAUUUGGCAGCCACCAAACUACCAAAUAAGUCUUAACAAUCGAAAUCCUACUCUAGUUGUAAGUUUUAUUUACAAUAAAUUUAUUUUUAAUGCGA